AUGUUCCAGCUGGCGGUAUUAAGCUUUGUGUUUGCUCCUCUAAUCCUGGUUAUAGCCCUUGGCACUAGCGUAACUCCUAUGCCAACUGAAACAGUACUCGUCUGUAGUGGAUCCGUACCGGUGGGGAACAUCGUAUCCGCCAACGGUGCCUACUAUGCCAUCUCAGAAACUACUGAAGAUGCCACCGGGAUGUGUAGUUGCGAUCGCUCGACCGGUCGCCUUGAUUGCGGAGUUCCUCCGACGUUCCCAAUCUCCACACCACAAGGACCUGCUGUCUGUCAAUCCCAAGGUACAGAAACCUGUGCUAGCUCAAACAUAUUUUUGUGCCAGACUGGCAAGCUAAUUGGCGGCUUGAAUUCCGAAGGAGGGUUUUUCGUCACCGAUCGACCCGAUAUGGCCAGCGGCUAUUGCCAAUGUGAUAUGCAAGGGGAGGCUUGGAGGCUUCGAUGUCCCGACUACCCUCUGUCAAGUUCCUUUGCUCAGUUUUCACAAAAUCAUAUCGACUGUUCAAAGCAAGCUGAUUGCUCAGGAUUGUAA